AAAGAAUUGAGGGUUUAAUUAAAGAUGAAUUAAACUUGUCCUAAACUCCUCUGCAGCAGCAGCAUGUGUGAAGGGCCCUCAGCGAUCUCUGGUCCCAUUCCUCCAGACCCCACACUGGUUCCUGAGUAUUAUAAACGGCCGUCCUCUGCUCGUGGUCGGCUGGAGGGGAACGCUCAAAGCGGCUCGUCUCCUCUUCUGAAGGGUCCGUUAGCACCAGAUCCUGGGUGUUACAGCGCCCGCUGCACCCCUCGACCCCGCAUUGGUGCCAACGCCGCUCACAUCCUAGAGAGAGGACAGAAAGGGGUUGUGGGAGACCUGCUGAAGCUGGAGGGUGUGGCGCUGAACCCCAGCCCAGCCAAACCUAGUAAGAUCAGAAUAUAUGGCUGCAUUUAUUUGAUCAAAAUACCUCUGGAGCAGAGGAAGUUGCAGUGGAAGAAAGAGGAGAGAAACACUCCUGAUCCGUUCGUUCCUGCUGGACACACUCAGAUGUCUGAAAGAGAGAGACAGGAGACCCUGCAGUCCCUCGAAGACACUCACAGGUCUCUGGUCAGUGAGCUGCAGUCUCUCCCCGUCAAAGCCGACACAAUAAGCGUUCGCUCUCGACGCGCUCAACUCGACCAGCGGCUCUCAGAGGUCGAGGAGGCCAUCAAAAUCUUCUCACGGGAUAAAGUCUAUGUGAAAGUCGACUCCUGAGAAACCACACUCAUAUCAAGCGGUUUCUUUUAUAUUUAUGUAUUUAUUAGUUAUUUGUUAAGAGCAGCAGCUGCUCUUUCGUUUCCUGAGUUCACUGCAUUUGAAUGCUUGACACUAAAAAGAGAUCUGUGACUAAA